GUGAGCCCCAAGAUGGCGGCGCCCAGUGUGACAGCUGGCACCUGGGAAUCCGGGCUGAGGAGAAGGAAGGGAAAAGAAGCAGCGGGGGCUGACAAUGGGACGGUCCGAGAGGGGAAGCAGCAUGGCGGGCACCGAGUCUCCCUCCUGCCCGGGACUUACUGGCUUACUAGAAUAGUGCUGCUGAGAGCCAUAGCCGCCAUAUACUUUGUGGCAUUUCUCGUGGCCCUCCACCAGAACAAGCAGCUGAUCGGGGAGCGGGGGUUACUGCCAUGCAGGCUGCACCUCCAGAACAUCAAGCAGUACUUCGGGGGCAAGGUUGGCAUGGAAGCAGUCAGCCACGCGCCCACCCUUCUCUGGGUGCUAGACUGGUCGACCAUGGACACCCACCUGGAUAACAUCGCCCUCCUUGGCCUUGUGAUCUCAGCUUCCAUUCUGAUAACCGGAUGCGCCAACAUGAUCAUGAUGGGCACGCUGUGGAUCCUGUACCACUCUAUAGUGAGCGUGGGCCAGCUAUGGUACGCCUUUGGAUGGGAGUCUCAGCUCCUGGAGACAGGAUUUCUGGGUAUUUUCCUCUGCCCCCUCUGGUCCCUGUCCCGUGUGCCAGAACGCACCCCCCCAUCGGGCAUCGUCAUCUGGGCCCAUCGCUGGCUUAUCUUCAGGAUCAUGAUGGGAGCGGGUCUUAUUAAAAUCCGAGGAGACAAGUGCUGGCGAGAUCUGACCUGCAUGAAUUAUCAUUACGAGACCCAACCAGUGCCAAACCCUCUGGCCUACUACAUGCACCGAAACCCUGGGUGGUUCCACCAGUUUGAGACCUUAGUCAAUCACGUCAUUGAACUGAUCGCGCCGUUCUUUAUAUUCAUGGGCAGAAGAAUGUGUAUUAUCAACGGGAUCCUGCAACUCCUCUUCCAGGUGCUUCUGAUCCUCAGCGGUAACCUCAGCUUCCUAAACUGGUUGACCAUCGUGCCAAGUAUCGCCUGUUUUGAUGAUGCCCACCUCAGCUUUCUGUUCAGAUCCAAGGACGGGUCUGCAAAACACCAAGUAUCCAAAAUCCAGAGGCAGACGUCUACUGGAGAGCGCCCAACAAGGAGUUGCGGGUUCUACACCCGCCAGGUGCUUCACAUAUCUCUGGGCAUCCUCAUUGCCUACCUCAGCGUCCCGGUGGUCCUGAACCUGGUGAGCGCCAGACAAGUCAUGAAUGCCUCCUUCAACCCGCUGCGGAUUGUCAACACGUAUGGAGCUUUUGGCAGUGUCACCAAGGAUAGGACGGAGGUGAUCAUCCAGGGGACGUCCAGUCUGGAUCCCAAAGACCCCAACGCUGUUUGGGAAGAAUACGAGUUUAACUGCAAACCGGGCAAUUUAACCCGCCGGCCGUGUGUAAUCAGCCCCUACCACUACCGCCUCGACUGGCUGAUGUGGUUCGCGGCUUUCCAGACCUAUGAACAGAAUGAAUGGAUGAUACAUCUUGCUGGGAAGCUAUUAGCUAAUGAACCCACAGCAACUUCACUCCUGGCUUUCAACCCCUUCCAGGAGAAAGGACCCCCGAGGUGGAUCAGAGGAGAGCACUUCCGGUACAAAUUCACCCGCAUCUGGGGUACACAUUCCGCUGAGGGCAAGUGGUGGAUACGCAAGAGGAUCGGCCCGUACUUUCCACCUGUCAAUCUUCAAGGACUCAAGAAAUAUUUCCAGUCUCGGUCGUGGCCUCUGCCUUCAACACCAAGCAAGCACGAAUAAGAGUAUAAACCUAUUAUACAGGCGAUGGGUACAUCAGGGUUAAUUAGUACAGGUUCUACACAAAAGCACAAGCCCCUUUUAGGUGUGGGAAUGACUGCUUCCUAAACUAAAGGUAUAUAUGCUGCACUUCAUUAUAUAGGUGGGGGCGCUAUUGCAUUGGUUUAUAUGGAAAAGAUGGAUUUACAGACACGCUGGUGAGAAAUGGUACUGCAUGUGAAUGUUACAUGGCUUGGAGAAGGUUGAAUGGUAAGUUUUGCCACCAACGCAUCAUGAGAAAUGCAGUUCUAGGUGAUUUAUUUGGAAAAAAAAAAGCCAAAUCUAUAGGCAAAUGGAUAUUUUUUGGAUUCAUGUAUAAUAAUCCGUGGAUGUGUACUUUAAAUUAAAGUGACCCUCCGGUUUAAGAAAAAAAAAUUCACAUUAACUGGGUGACAAACAGAACACUUACCUGGUGGAGUCCUUUUUAUCUGCAGAUCUAUCCAUUCCCGGCCUCCUCAUCCAAGAUGGCCGCACCGCUUCUCAGACUUUGCGUAUGGCAGCCUAAGACGCUGCCCUUGGAUUGGCCAGAGCUGCUCAUGUGAACAGGGCUGGACAAGCAGGACGUGUCUUGGACCACCACGUAGUCUGAGAAGCGGUGCCGCCAUCUUGGAGCCUGAGAAUUAGCGUAUCUGCAAUUAAAAGGAGGGCACCGUGUAAGUUUCUGGUCAUUCCCCAGCUAAUCUGAUUUUUUUAUUUUUUUCUUGAACCAGAGGUUCGCUUUAAUAUUAUUUUAACACUUGUUUAGUUGUGUAUGUUAUGUAGCAGAGCUGAAUUUGUGUUUUAAUCGGUUGUUUAUCUGGCGUCCUGUCACUGUGGACGAUGGUCUGGUAAAGGGUGCAGCAACCUCUGGAACUCCAGCUUUUGUGAAACCACAACCCCUAAUAUGCACAAUUGCUCAGCUGUUGUUGGAACCCCCAUAGGAGCUAACUGCUGCGAGUUCCAGAGGUUACCAGACCAUCGUCCGUGGUGCCAUGGCUGCUGACCCCUAGUCUGGUGACAUGAGUAAGGGCUCUGCGGUAGUGCCUGACCACAGCUAUAUAACUAGCAUACUCAGCUGUGCCUGUAUGACAAACUCAGCUCUGCUACCUGUAUAACAUUCUCAGGCUGAAGAUCGUCCCAUCCUGUCCGGUUUUCUGCAUUUCUCUAGGCGGUUUUGAUACUGAACAGUUUGCCUAGAGCCAUAAAAUACACACUCGUGGGUUUAUCCAUAAGUGGGCGGCUGCUGCACGGCCACGUCUGGAUCCCGGCCAUUGCUCACAGUGAAUUUGUUGGAUACGGCAUCCGAUGCAACCUGCUGCUUUCUGUAAUGCUCAGUGGUAUUAUGUGCGGGAAUUCCCUGCAAAACACGUCCCAGCUGUUCUGUUCUGUGCAAACCAUAAAAAUCCUAAAGCCGUCUGCUUGGAAUUCCGUCCAUUAGCCGCAUGCUUAUCUGCCAGGGUUUUAUGAUCCAUGGAGGUUUCUACAAAUUGCAGCAAAAUCCAAAAUUAAUGGUUCUGAUUUUUAGUGCAUUGACCAAAAUUAAUAAACUUUGAUACUA